AUGAAUCACCAUCCCUUGAAAAGCUUCAGGCCCUUUCCCAGGAGCAAAAUCGGGGAUAUUCGACACGCCGCUAUACUUCCCCACGCAAAGUAUCUCAAAAUCCUCCUCGUACAUUUCAUUCUCGUCGCUCCCAUCGCUUCUUCGAACUUCGACGUACCAUUUCCCUCCCCUGGAGCCGAAAACGUCGCCGUUUUCGCCGCAGAGCGCCCACGCCUCCACCUCCUCCUCUGCAACUCCCCUGUAUUCGAUGCCCACUACUUUCGUGUUGAAUUUGAUGUGCUUCGUCAGCUCAAAAUGGUUGGCGUAGGAUUGGAGGUAAUCCAGGACAUGGUCGUGGGUCGGGAAAUGGGUGGCGACGGAAUCCGGCCGCUAAAAGUUGGAGAAUUGGUAAAGCGAUUUCAGGGUUUGGAGCUUGGUGGUGGGCAGAGUGUUGGAGCCUCCCCGUCCACCCUGCCCACGGACUCCUUCACCUGA